AUGUUUAGAAUGUUAGCGGGACUUGCAAUAACGGGAAAUUCAUUACCUUGGACUCCUGAUAAUUCGCUUCAAGCAGGAGUUUAUAAAAUAUAUUGGGUUUCUCCAGACAAUACUCAAUCUGUGAAUAGUCCCACGUUCACACUCGGUCAAUUUGCUUCGGGCUCUUCGAACAGUACAAGCAACUCAAACAAAAACCAAUCUAGCUCCAUCGACUCAAACAAAACCAGUUCAUCAACCGGAACAUCAAACCCAACGACGACGAAAGGGGAGGCAACCUCAUCUUCGAGUUCAACAAUAAACACCCCAUCAGAAACAAAUCAAACCAACUCCCUCACAAACACAAUCAAAAUCACCAUCGCAAUUAGUAUAACCCUCGGCCUAACCCUCCUCCUAGUCAUAGCUUUCAUGCUCAUCCGACAUCGUCGCCAUCUAGCUUCUAUCCCUCGAACAAAAAGACAACUCACCACCAGAGAAAUCGCCGAUGACAUCGACAAAGAUUCCUGGUACGAAGAACAUCAAUUAAAAUCAAACCCCGAAUUACCUAGUGAUUCGAAAGCUAUUACGAAUUCGUAUGGUGAAUUGAUGAGGAAGAAACAUGUUAGUGUUAAUAUGGAACCUGUGGAAAUGGAGGCGUUUUUCGUUAGGAAAGAUAUCGAUAUCGAUGUUGAUGGUGGGGAUGGAAAUCAUGAUAGAGGGGAUGUUAAAGAUAUUAAUGAAUUUGGAUUGGGAUUGGGACUGGGAAACGUAGAUGAGCUUGUUGAGCCUAGGGAGUUGGAUGCUGAGACUACGCUGGGUAGAGGUGUGAUUGGUCGUCGUUUUAAUGUGCGUGAUAAUGUUCAUAUUGCUGCCAAGCUAUAUAAUAUAACGAAUACAACACUUCUCCGCAGAAUGAAUGGUUUAGCCCCUCGUACAGAAAUUCGAGCAAAUAGUCAUAAAAUUACCGAUUUAGAAGAGGAAGUGCUUAUUCAGUAUAUAAUUGAUAUGGAUGAGAGAGGUUUUGCACCUAAAUUAAGUGGUGUAGAAGAUAUAGCGAAUUAUAUUCUUGAAUCGCGGAGGGCGAAGAAGGUUGGAAAGCUCUGGGCAAAACCAAUUCAAGAAAAUCCUUCAAUCAUUGCAAAACCUCGCCCUUCGAAAAAUCCUAGGAGUAUCCAAAACCUCACCAAUAAAACCAAUGGAAAUAGAAGCCGCAUUGUGCCCUCCAGAAAAAAGGAGAAUCAAGAUGUAGUUGCAACCCCUCAAAGAAAGCAAUUAAAACCUACUCAACUCGAAAAGAUCAAAAAUUCAAUUCAGAAAGACUUCGAUCCUCUCACUUUAGAAGGAAUCCAUCAUUUCUACUUUCCUCCUUGGAAGAAAGAAGUUCCAUAUAAAGUCAAUAUCAGCAAAUUAGGAAAAGAAGAAGCUGCGAUGAUCCACAAUCUGGCUUUCAAAUAUAGGUGCAAAAAUACCAUUACAAUAUACACCGAUGCCUUAUCCACUUUAGAGGGAAUAGGGAUUGGGAUCGGGAUAGCGAUUAUCUUACCAAAUGGCCGAAUUUCACAUCAAGAGACUAUCAAUAUAGGUGUGAAUCAGCUUGUCUAUAAUGGGGAGCUCCUAGGAGUUACUAAAGCGAUCGAAUACGCAAAUUCAAUAGCCCAGCCAGGAAACAAGUUCAAGAUAUACUCAGAUAAUCAAGCAGGAUUAUUCCGGUCGAAAACCCCCUCCGAUUUACCUGGUCAAUCAUGCCAAAUCAAAGCUAUAAAAGCUGCGGAAGCUAUUCAAAAUAAAGGAGCCGAAAUCUCUCUCAAUUGGGUCCCCGGACAUACAUCUGUACAAGGAAAUGAGCUAGCUGAUUCUCUUGCAAAAGAGGCGACCAAAAUACCAUCCUCAUCUCACGAAACCAGUUAUGCCUCCAUUGGAAUGGAUAUAAAAAGAAUGAAAUCAGAGAACUGGAUGUGGGGGAAAGGAAUCUCCUGA